AUGAAGGAGCAAAAAUGGGGAAGGAAGAUGGGAAAGGUGUCACCUCAUUCUUCUGGUGAAGGUUUGCCAUAUGCACCCCAAGGGUGGCCAAAUCUUGGUGAUGUAUGGGGCUGGAAAGUGUUGAACAGGACAAACAAGGCUGGAUAUUUUGUAGAUAGAAGCCUUUAUCUUCCAACCUCUCUUCAGAACUCUUCUAGCAAGAGACCUCGCUUGAAAACCAGGCCUGAUGACAUGCUUGUUAUGCCUCAUCCUGAGAAUUCACAAGAUCAUGCUCCUGUUACCAACACUGUGGAUAAUCAAACAAUAGUGUUGCAAGGAAAAACUUUCUUCCUUCUUUCUGGAGACUUCCCUUCUUUGAUCUCUUGUAACAAUGCUGUAAUGCAACUUCAAUCAAAACGGAAGGAGAUAUGUGGUGCUCUAGAAAGCAUGCAAGAGCCAAAAGUUGAGCUGAGUUGUGGAGAAGCAAGUGUUACUAACUCAAUUCUGAUCCUUGUUGGGGAGAUUAUUCAUCUUGGAAUGUCUGAAAAUCAAAAUGGGAGCAGAAGAAAGCCAACUCUGUCCAGUGUAUAG